UGCGCCGAACAUCGGCCGAGCUGGAGGCAGGCGCGGACGCAGCGGAAGCGGCGGCGGGGGCGGCGCAGGCGGAGGCGGCGAUGCCGCGCUUCUGGAGGCGGCGGCCGGUGCUGGCGCUCGCAGGGCUGGUGGUGGUGGUGGUGUGGGUGUUGCUGGUGUACACGACGGUGUACAGCCCGGAGCUGGAUUGGCUGCGGCGAAGCCGCGACGCCGCGCUGUACGUGAGGCCCGGGGAGCAGACGGCGCUGCUGCUGCCGCGGAGUGAGCUGUGCCACGUGUCGGGCACGUGGCAGCAGGGUCCGGUGCUGCUGAUGGCCGUGCCGUCCGCCAUCGGGCGCCGCCAGAGGCGGGACGCCGUGCGGCAGACUUGGGGCCGGCGGGAGCCCUCGGCUACCAGGCUGCUCUUCGUUGUCGGCCACCGGGGACAGGGUGUGCCGCCAGAGAUCACCGAGGAGGCGGCGUUGCAUGGCGACAUUCUUGUCGAGGAUUUCUUGGACACCUACCACAACUUGACGCUCAAGACGCUCUUCAUCCUCAAGUGGGCAGUAUCUCACUGUCCGAAGGCAACGUACUUGCUCAAGGUGGAUGACGACGUGCUGGUGAACGUGCACGGCGUGCUGCGGCUGCUGUCGGAGGCGGCGUCGCGCGGCUGGGGGCUGGUGGGCAACGUGUUCCACGGCCGGCCGCACCGCUGGCGGCUGCCGCACCCGCAGUGGUACCUGCCGCGCUGGCUGCACCCCGACGCGGCUCUGCCCGACUACCUGACGGGCCCCAGCUACGCCGUCGCCGGCUGGGCGCUCGCUCCGCUGCUGCGCGCCGCCCUCCGGACGCCGCUGCUGCCUCUCGAAGACGUCUUCGUGACGGGCGUGGCCGCGCGCGCCGCCGGAUUGGCCCAAUACCACGUGCCCACCAUCGCCGUGGACCGCCCGCUGCUGGCCGAGCGCCUCCUGUGCCAUGUGCGCCGCUACCUCACCAUGCACAAGGUCGGCCCCGAGCGCAUGCUCUACUUCUGGCGCCAGAUGACGAGUCCCCAGCAGGGCACCUUCUGGCACCGCUAUGGGCUGGACGCCUGUCAGGCCGAGUACGGCUGGUGACGAUCACCGUCCUGGCACUCCGUCGAACCGUGUCCUCUUAUCUUCACCCUGUAUGAGAACUGGUCGAUUCAGACUCUCCACAGCGUUUGGCAUGGUUUGGGGGCUGAACUGAUACAGUGAGACUUCAAACAUUUCCAUACACAUGCCCUGUGCCUACGACAGUUGGUCGAUCCAGACACCUACAGAUCUUUGGCAUAUAUGAAAACUGGUCGAUCCAGACUUUUCAUGGUCUGUGCCACAGUUGUUGGACUGAGCUGACACAGCAAAACGUAACCACUUCAACUACCAAUAUACCACCAGAGGUCUGACCUGUAACUACGACAGCUGGUCGGUCCAGACACUCCUCCAGUCAAAGACAGUGAAUUGGGGCAUGGUUCCUGGACUGAAUUGAUACAUGUAGAGCUAACCACAUCAACGACCAACAGACCUCUUGUUGCAGCAAUUGAAAAUUGUCCUGAAGCACACCCUGUAUUAUGUGAACUGGUUGAUCCAGACUUACCACAAGUGGGAGUUAGUGAUAAGUAGCAUAGCUGCUGGACUGCACUGAUACAGUGAGACUGAACCACUUCAGACACCAAUACACCACCAGAGGACUGCCUUCUACCUACCAGAAUUGAUCGAUUCAGACUUUCAAUGAAUAAAGGCAGUCAAAUGUAGCACAGCUGAUGGAGUGUAAUGACUCAGCAAAGCGUCAACAGACCACAUGUUGCAACAAUCGAAACAUCUCCAGAGGCAUGCCCUGUAUUACGAGAGCUGGUGACCUGGUUGUUGGACUACAGUGAUACAGCCAGAUUUAAUCCUGUCAACUACGAGCACACCAUUCGAUGCAGAAAAGAAAAACUUACAGCAGUUUGCACUGUACCGAUGAGAAUUGGCCGAUCGAGACUUCCCUUGAGUCAAAGCCAGAGAAAUAUGGCAUGAUUGCUUGGCAGUUACAACAAAAUGACACCUAACUACUGACACACCACUUGAUGUAGGAAACGAAAUUUGGUCAGAGGUGUGACCUGUGUGCAGGAGACUAUGUGAUGCGGGUUUUCAGAUCUCUUAACAUAGGUCAACGGUUUUCAAACAUGGCAUAGUUAUUGGAGUGCACUGACACAGCAAGGCCUAACCAUUUCAUCUGGUAAAAAACCACUUGCUGCAGCAAUGGUAACUUGCUCAGAGCUAUGUGCUUUAUUGUGAGAAUUGGUUGAGAUAGACUUUCCACAAGUGGAAGUAAGGAGAUACGACUUGGUUGUCGGACUGCGUUUACAAAACGAGACUUAACCAUUUCAACCACCAAUACACCACAUAACGCAGAAAAAAAUUGUCCAGAGGUCUGCCCGUUACCUAGGAGAGUUGGUCGAUCCAGACUUUCCAUGAGUCAAAGGCAGUAAAUAGGGCAUGGCUUAGAUCCGUCUAGUAACAAUUUUUUUUUAGAAUAUCGUUUCACCUUUGUUAUUUGUAGGGCAUGUUCAUUGGCGUGGAGUUAUACGCAUUUAUGUUUAAACUAUUUUGGUUUACAGUUUGAACAUUAUAUAUUGAAGUUAUGGAAAGUUUAGGCAAUUUCUACUUACCGAUGGUGUAGCGAUAGUAUAAACAGCUACUUAUAAAUUUCGUAGAUGUUGGUCAACAUAUGUUUUUUUCCUGUUUUACAGCUGUUCUUCUUCUGAUUUUUGACACACGAAAUUUCGCUUUCUUAGCAGUAGGAAAUGAAACUGUGUUCACUUAAUGUUAUUUUUGGAUGAUGGUGCCAAAGUUGACCAUCAUUAUCAACUGUUGAAUGUGUGUUUGUGACACGUGUGUGUGUGGGAUAGAUCACUGAUAUCACAAGCGCACAUCCUUUCUUCCAGGAGUGUUAGUCCCACAACUUUUGCAAAAGAAUUUCUGUGAAGUUCGGAAGGUAGGAGAUGAGGUACUGGCGAAAGUAAAAGUGUUAUUUAGUUACUUGGUUGAUUACAUGUUCUUUAGAACAUCUGAACGUUUCUUUUACCGAAAAAAUGAUGUGGAACGAGCCACUUUACGAGAUGUAUCUACAUGAUCAGUGAUAAACGUGUACUCAUGCAACUACACCACAAAACAGGUUUUUUUACGGGCAACAAAUUUUUAAAUAUAAACUCGUUCAUGUAACAGGAGUUGUUGUUCAGGAGAAACGAUUUAGCGGCAGGUCGUGAGGCGUGCUUGGAUGGCUGACUUUGUAGAGCAUUUAUAAGCGCAAGUCUAAGGUCUGGCACAGUUUUAAUCUACCAAGAAGCUUCAUGUCAUCGCACACUCCGCCACAGAGUGAAAAUUCAUUUCGGACUCUUUCAUCAGUUGGUAAUAACAUCCAACAGCUGACAACACCAUCCAAAAUGAGGACAGAUGACAGGUAACACAAGGAAGUAUUCAAUAGUUGGUAAUAAGAUUCAACAGUUGGGAAAACCACCCAAAAUUUAACAUCACGAAAACAAAUUCUCAUUUCCUAGUGCAGCGAAAAUUAAAUUUCAUACGGCAAGAAGCAGAAGUAGCGUAACUGUAAAAGAGAGAAAAGAGGACAUAGUGUCCAGUAUCUACGAAAUUUGUAAGUAGUGAUUUAUACUAUCACCAUUUCACACGUGAACAGAAACUUUUUAUAACUUCAAUAUAUGAUGUUCAAAAUGUAAAGCAAAAUAGUUUAAAUAUAAAUGUGUAUACAUCCUAGGUCAUUGAAGAUGCCUUGCAAAUAACAAAGUUGACUCGCGUAUGGCGAGAAAAAGUUUGUUUUCUUUCAGAUGUGAUUGGACGACGACUAAAGUAAUAAUCAACAACAUUUCUGCCACAUGCAUGUUACUGAGGACGACAGGACAACAAAUCAGUUAAUGAUGUGUCACGAUUGUGGGACAGCACUGACACAGCGAGUUCCAACUACUUUAACCACCAACACACCACUGGACGCAAAAAAAGAUUUUCCGUAAGUGUGCCCUGCAUGUAUGGGACAGGCGGUUCCAGAUUUUUAGAUUGUCGGCUGACACAUGUCAAAGGUUUUCGUUUGUGACGUGUUUGUUAUACUGUACUGACAGAGCGAGGCCUAACCACUUCAAACACCAAUAGAAACUUGUCCAAAGGUCUGCCCAGUAGCUAUGAGAAUUGCACGUUCCAGACUUUCCGUCAGUCAAAGCCAGUGAAUCGUGGCAUGGUACUUGGACUAAAUUAACACAGCGAGCGUUAACAGUCUCGAUAUAUCAAUAUACCACUACAUGCAGAAAAGAAAUUUUGUUCACAUGUCUGCCCUGUGUCUAAGAGAACCAGUCGAUUGAGACUUUCGGAGCCGGUUUUUCGUGAGUCAACGGCAAUGAAACGUGACUUGGUUGUCAGAUCAGCGACAGAUAUCCAAUUCAUCCACUUAUACACCACUUGCUGUAGCAAAGAGAUCUUUGCUGCACCAACGAAAGCCGCUCAAUCCAAACUUUUCACCAAUCAAGGACACAGAAACGUGGUGCAGCUGUUUGUCUGCCCCGAUACAUCUGGUGGUGACUACAGCGUCCUCCAAUGUAUCACAUGAUUCAGCAGUGCUCUGUCAGUCCAAACUGUCAGACAGCCGCUUACCAUGAAUGGAAGGCAUUGAAAUGUGGAUUGGUUGCUGGGCGGCGUUGGCAGGGAGAGAUCUAACAUUUUAUUCCGCCAGUACACCACUUGAUGUAGGAAAGUGGACUUCUCCAGAUAUCCGUCCUGUGUGUAUGAGAACUUGUCAGCCGCUUUCCACGAGCAGAAGACAGUGAAAUGUAUACAUAGUUGAUGAACUAAAAUGCCAAUUAGAAAGUUAACCACUUGAUCCACCAAUACAAUAACUGAUGCAACAAUGGAAUUGGUCUCAGUACAUGUGAGAUCUGGUCGACUGUGGCUUUCAGAACAUUUCCCUCCAAGAGUCGAAGGUAGCGAAAUGUGUCACGGUUCUGGGACUACACUGAAACAGGGAGAGCUAACCCCCCCCCUUUCACCUGAUAAUACACCGCUUUAUGCAACAAUGGAAUCUUGUGCAGAAGCCUGCAUUGUACCUAUGAGAACUGGAGAAUCCAAACUUUCUUAGGGUUGUGCUCCCACAAGUGAAGUUAUGCACAUGUGGUACAGUUGAUGGUCGAAGUUGUCUCAACGAGAGCUGAUCACAUCGUCCGCCAAUACAUCAUUCGACUCAUCAACGGAAACCUGUGGAGAUGUCUGCCCUCCGCCUGUGAGCAUUGCUCCGUAAAGACUCGGAGAUGUUUGCUUCUGCACAAAACCAAAUGUUAAAAUUGAGAGCUGCAGACUAGUAAGAAAUUUGUGGAUGUAAUUAAAUUAUACAGUUCUGGCCUCCUGCUUGAAGUGGCUUGAACAAAAUCUUUAAUAAAUGUUUCAUAGCUGUAUUUGGCUUUGAUAUUACGAGGACACUAACAAUGUUGUGUAGAAAUUCCGAUAAUUAUUUGUCUAAGCGCAAGAAGCCAGCGAUUGAGUUGCUGUCCAUUUUAAGAAACUAUCUUCUUCUCAUUCACGAAAUAGUAUCACUUGAGUUGAAGACAAACCACAGCCUGAAACAUCUAGAGGGCUAUGGUGGUUGUCCAACGAGAUUGCCAGAACAGUACACAAACGGUGUUCACUUUUAUUAUUUCUUUGACAGAGGUGCGGCUAAGCCAGCGUCAAAGAGUGUAAGAAAAAAAAUACAGGUUCUUCUAUCACUGGCCGUGUCUUUUGACCGUUGACACUACCUCAUGAAGAUAGAAUGGUUCUCGAUGUAAAUAUCGUGAGACUUGAUAAGUAAUUACGACCGAUUUCGCGAGAGCCAAAUGUACGAAAGAUUUGCUCACAAAGUAUAAAGUCUCAAGCAAGUUAGCUUCAGAGCGAACAAUACUAUCUCUGAUUCUGUUCUGCUCUUUAGAACGACAGUAACGACUACGAUGAAGGCUAAAGCAGAGAAAUUGUUAGGCAUUAAAUGAGUCGUAUCUUAAGCAUGUGACUUUUUAUGUUGAAUUUUACAUGCAGUCACCCAGUGUGACGAUAUAGCUCUCUUAUCGACAUCGGCGGUGUUUUUUGCCGUAAAUUUUGUUCUUAUCAGGAAACAAAUUUGUUUCUACGCAUAAUAAUGGCUGUGAUUAAAAUGUAAUUUUCUACAAAUAUUAUGUAAGAAUUUAAAUAAAGUAACAAACAAAGUGAG